AGAGGCCUAUAAAUAGGUCUCACAUUCCUCCCAUUUCCCUCACUUCACUCUCAAAUACUCAAAACCAACAUUCUUCCUUUCUAUACUUAUAUAUAUUCUUUCAUUCUUAACCAAUCCCAAUGGCCAGUGUUGAGGUUGAAUCAGCUGCAACAACUUUGCCGGAGACUCCUGUUACAAAGGAGGUAGAAACCACCAUAGAGACACCAAAAGAAGCGGAGCCAGUAGUUGAUACACCACCACCGGCUACUCCAGAGCUGGUGGCUGAGGAACCAAAGGAGGAAACCACCGUGGAUGCUCCUCCACCAGAGGCGGAGGAGACUCCUGUGGAAGCUCCGGUGGAAAUAGAGACAAAGGAAGUGACUGAGGAGCCAAAGAGUGUGGUUGAAGAAGAACCAAAGGAAGAGACUGAGACUCCGGUGAAGGAGGAGGAGCCAGCUGUUGAGGAAACUCCGGCAGCAGAUGUAGUCGCUGAAGAAACUCCGGCAAAGGAGGAGGAGGUGACGGAAGAAGAAAAGCCGGCUGAAGUUGUUGCCAGUGACACCACUGAAGCGGCAGUUGAGAAGACAGAGUGAUGAAUUCGAUCGAGAAAAAGGUGGAAGUUUGAUUUAUAUGUUGGAGGUGUUUUUGUGGGCUUGAAUAUUCAAAAGCCAUGUGGCAGUAGAUGAAUGGUGGGAUAUGAUCACUUGGAAUAUCGAGUUUUAUUCCAAGGAUUUUAUGUUUAAUUAUAUGAUUAUGAGUGUGGUGAAAUGUUAUUCUGUAAGGUUUUCUAAAUAAUAUUUGUUCUUUUUUAAAUUUA